GUCGCCCUGUGGUGGAACUCUUCUAUAAAGGAGGUACGCGGGAAUAACAAUUUGAUAAGCACUGAUGGAGGAGUUUGUAAGAAAGUUGGUGAAAAAAUCUGACUUGAGUUUCUUGACAAAGGGGCGAAUUAAGGAAGCAUACAGAAAUAAAGUGGGAAGAGAAAUAACAUCUGACGAAAAAAAUUCCUUGAAUGAAGUUUUAAAGACCAUCCUUAUUGACAUUAAUCAACAUGGUGGAAAUAAAGAAAAUGCGCCUUCUCUUGCAUCACCUUUGAAGACUGUAAAUUCAACAGGAAGGUCUACAUUUGUUAAACAAAAAGGUACUCCUAAGCAUAAAUUAACGAAAAAGUUCAGGACUUCUCUGUCUCCCAGACUAAGGGUAGAUGAAGUGGUGGAUGCCGUGAUGAAGUCAAGUGAUGAGGAAGAAGAAGAGGAGGAGGAAUAUACUCCUCAGAAAAAGAAGUCACCAGUGAAGAAACUGUCUCCAAUAAAAAAGACAGAGACAAAUAUUAAAAAGCGAAGUAUCAAUAAGAUUCAAGAUGUGGUGAGUGCGGUCCUAAACUCAGAGAGUGAGGAGGAUGGGAAAUCUGAGUGUGACAGUGGUGGAGAUGAUACUAGUGAAGAUGAAAAUGAUUCUGUCAAUGAACCAGACAAGCAGACAGACAGUGAGUCUGAAAUCGAACCUUUUAAAGAUGAAUCAAAAUUAAUGUCACAGAAGAAAGAUGUGAACAAAAUGUGCAGGGUAAAGAAUUCUGUAGAGAAAAUGGGAAAAAGGCAAAGAAGGAAAAGAUAUAGCCUUUCUAGUUCAGAGAGCAAUAAUGAAGAUGAGGAUAUUGCAGACAAUUCUAGUGAAGAAUCCGAUUAUGAAAAGGAACAUCUUAGAAUAAAAAAAACUACUAAAAGAAAGAAGAUGAUUUCCAGUGAUUCGGAACAGUCUGAAGAAGACGUGGUGCCAAUACCCAAACGAAAGCGGCGAUUUCCAUCUGAAAGGAAAACCACCAUUAUGAUAGUGGAUAAAGAUUCAGACAGUGAAGUAGAGGACAAUUCAGAUGAUAUCAAAUAUACAACAGCGAGAAAUGAAAAAAGUCCAAUAUCUAAAACUACUAAAAAUAAUACCACAGACAAAAGAGAUUUGAGUACUUCUGAGGGCUCAAGUUCUGAGGAUGAAGGUCUGUCCUUAGCAGAGAUUAGAAAGUUGUCCUCAUCGAGUCAGAGCAGUGGGAAAGGGGAUAGAACUUUGUCAUCAUCAUCAUGUAAAUCAUUGUCAUCAUCAUCAUGUAAAUCAUCCAAGAUAAAGGACAGACAGGAUAAACUUAAAACAGGAGCGAAAACUAUGAAGAAAGCAGGUCAAAAUAAAAAGGAAACAGAUUCAGCAAUUAAAACAAAAGUGAAAAAUAAGUCCAAAGAAAAGAAGCGAGUCAGGAGAGGAAGAGGUGUAACUUCAGAUGAUGAGCAGGACGAUGGCCAAUGGACAGAUUCUGAUUCUGAGUGUGAAGUUUCCCACUCUGUACUUAGAAAGAAAUCAGUGUCAAAAACCAUAGAGACCACAGAAGAGGAACAGUCCUCCAGUUCAGAUGAUGACCUGUCGACAAGAACUACACAAAAGAAAGACCCUGAGAACUCUGACAGCAGCAUAGACUCUGAUAGCGAGGCUUCAUUAGAAAUUCCCUUACCAGUCCAAACAAAGAAGAAAGCAUCAAAAGUGGCUAUGAAGAAAUCCCAAGGAAGGAAAAGUUCAGGCAGUGGUGAUGGUGAAGAGGAGGGAGUUCAUGUAAAGGAACUGAAGAAAAUCUGUAGAGCAGUGGGGAUAAUUGUCACCAACACCCGCCACCUAGCAGGCUGCUCCACAGACAACCAGAAAGUCAGCAGACUCAAACAGCUGCUCAGGGAGGCUGGCAUGGAGGGUCGUCCAAGUAUGAAAAAAGUUGAAGACGUGAAGCUAAUGAAGGAGGCAGCUGAACUAGACAGACACAACAUACUCAGGACAGAGGGGAGAGGGAAAAGAAGAGUGAACAGUUUAUUCUCAAGGUCGGAUAAUUCUCCCAAGGUCAAAGCUACACCACCAAGAGAAAAGUUCAGCAGACUGAGGGACAUUAUUGAUAGUGAUAUAUCAGACUAAUUGAGGUUGACAUGUGGAAUUUCAAAGGAGAGAAAGUCAUUGUUCCUGCCUCUUCUGUGGGUUCCUUGCAGAGCAAAGUUAAUUUGACUUUGUAGUGACAUUGGGUGCAAAUACUAUGGAAAGACCCUAUUACAGGCUUGAAUCCAAUUAAAUUUCAGACACAGCUAGCGAAGGAUGAAUAUUGUCGCAGAGAUCAUUAAUUUUGCACCAAAGUUGAAGAACUUUGAACAGGAUUCAUUGAAGAAUUUAAAAGUCAAACUAAAAAAUUCUCAACAUAAACAAUCUUAAAUGGCUGUACGAAUUUUUUAUGUUAACAAUGUUUUUGAUUUUGAUGUUGAAGUGAUUUUGGUUAAUUGCCAUUUUGAAGCGACAAGAAGCUUGAGUAAAUUCAUGUCUAUCAAUACUUUAUCUUUCAUACAUAUAAUAUACAUGUACUGGUUAAAGGGCUAUGAAGUUAGUGCAUGGCAAUAUUCUUAGGAUAUGUCUACUACAAAUCCAACUGUAUUUAUUGUGAAUUGCACAGAUUUUUAUGUUCACAAGAUAAUGCAAUAAAUAAUGUCUGGGA